UUUCCCCCUUAGCCUUAGCCUCUGGUGUUGGGCGAUUUCUCCUCAUCAUCCCUUCGGCCCCCUCUUUCUAUCAGAUCAGAUUAAAAACCACACAUACACACACAGACAUACAUCAGAUCAGAGGGGUAAAAAAAAAACGAGAAAAGUUUUGGCAGCCCUAAUUAUCCGCCUUCACUUCCGCAGCGCUCUUCUAGUCACCAUCUUUAUAUGCUUUCAAUCCCCCUCUCCCCCUUUCCGCCCUUUACAUAUGGAACCUAAAGAUUGCUUCCCUUUUCACACUCUAUCUCCAUUACUCUCUGCAUCUCUCAUCUUUCUGCCCUAAACACCAGGCGUUAGUUGAACCAAGUGAAAACUUGCAGGUCGGAAUUGAAGAAGCCGACCAAAGAGCUGUGAGAUCUCCGUCUCCGACUCCAUUUCCGCCGUAGCUCUCUCUCUCUGACCGAAACCGAAAAUAUAUAUAUAAAUUAAAUUUAUUAAAAGCUUGAACGAAAAGGUUUGACCGAACGGUUCGAGAACUGAGAAGGAGGCGGCACGAAAAACUUUGAAAAGGUGGUGUGAAGAGGGGUGAGAAGGAUUGGAUCGGCUCGGCUCGAUGGCGUCGUCGUCUUCGUCGAACUCGCCGUGUGCGGCUUGCAAGUUUCUGCGGCGGAAGUGCCAGCCGGAGUGCGUGUUCGCGCCGUAUUUCCCGCCGGAUCAGCCGCAGAAGUUCGCGAGCGUGCACAAGGUGUUCGGCGCGAGCAACGUGACGAAGCUGCUGAACGAGCUGCAGCCGCACCAGCGCGAGGACGCCGUGAACUCGCUGGCUUACGAGGCGGACAUGCGGCUGCGCGACCCCGUCUACGGCUGCGUCGGCGUCAUCUCGCUGCUCCAGCACCAGCUCCGCCAGCUCCAGAUGGACCUCAGCUGCGCCAAAUCCGAGCUGUCCAAGUACCAAUCCCACCUCGGCGUCGGCUCCACAACUCACAACCUCAUAGCCGCGGCUGCAGCCGCCGCCGCCGCUCACCACCACCACCACCACCAGCAACAGAACAACCUAGGGUUCAACCUGAUGGGCUCCGCCGCCUCCGGCGGCGGCAGCGGCGGCGCGCGUGAGCACCACCAACAUCAAUUCUUCCCUAGAGACCAACAACAACCCUACUUGAUCAAUAAUUACGAGCCGAGCAGCCUUCUAGCCAUGAACAUGAACGUGUCGGCUAGCAUUGGACCCUUGAGUCAGUUCCAGCCGCCUCGAGCCGCCGGCGCUGACGGCCGGCGUACUCCCGUCGAGCCGUCUUAGAACAAAAACAUACUCUCAUCGUCAUUAUAGUUAAGGUAAAA